AAGUGCGAGACAUUAUUGACUCCUUCGCCUUCUGUCUUUCAGUAUGUACUCUUCUUGCUUGGGUCAAUUUCCGGUAAAAAAAAAAAUAUCUCCGAUUUCCUCUCUUCCUCUCUAAAUAAUCGCGCCUAAUUGCAACUCUCCCUCUCUCUCCCUGUAAAAACUCAAGUCUCUCGCUCUCUCUCUGUCUAACUUCAUUUCUACUUCAUCUUCCUCCUUAAUUACCUAAACCCCAAACUUCCAUUUCACUGUGAUGUUUUUGUCUUAAGAAGUUGGGAAUGAUGUUUGAUUGUGGUUCGAAAUCGCAAUAUCUAGGUGGUGGUCAGAGAGACAAGUUUGUCAGAUUGGAUGACUUGGAUUCUAGGCUAUCAUCGCCUUCCAGUGCAGGAGUGAGAAAUUGUGGGUUUGGUAUUGAAGGAUUUAGACGUACUGGUCAAGGAGCAGAUACACCAUCGAGAUCUUUCAAGAGAGGAAUCAGAAAAGGGUCUGAGGGACUCAAGUCUAUUGGUCGGUCACUUAGAUUCGGGGUCCCACGAGGAGUGUUUCCAGAGGAUCUUAAAGUGUCAGAAAAGAAGAUUUUUGAUCCUCAAGAUAAAUUCCUCCAGUUCUGCAAUAAACUGUUUCUCAUAUCAUGUAUUCUGGCGGUUUCUGUGGAUCCUCUAUUUUUUUAUCUUCCAGUUUUUAGUGAUUCAGAGACUUGUCUUGGAAUAGAUCGCAAAUUAGCAACUAUAGCAACAACUUUGCGAACAAUUGUUGAUGCUUUCUAUCUUAUACGCAUGGCUCUCCAGUUCCGAACAGCUUACAUUGCACCGUCUUCUCGGGUAUUUGGGCGAGGUGAACUUGUUAUAGAUCCCACACAAAUAGCCAAGCGGUACAUGCAGAGAUAUUUCAUCAUUGAUUUGCUUUCUGUCCUUCCCCUACCACAGAUUGUGGUUUGGAGGUUUCUUCUGAGGUCAAAAGGUUCAGAUGUCUUGGCUUCAAAACAGGCCUUGCUUUACAUCAUCCUGCUUCAAUAUAUUCCUAGAUUCUUUCGAAUCUUGCCCUUAACUUCAGAACUAAAAAGGACAGCAGGUGUCUUUGCCGAAACAGCCUGGGCUGGAGCUGCAUAUUAUUUGCUAUUAUACAUGCUUGCUAGUCAUAUAGUUGGUUCGUUCUGGUACUUGUUAGCAGUAGAGCGAAAUGAUGCAUGCUGGCAGAAGAAUUGUACUGCUGCUGUAAAAUGCAAAAAAGAUUUCUUGUACUGUGGCAAUCAGGGUAUGGAAGAUUAUCGUGCCUGGAACAGAUCCAUUCUUAAGUCAAAUUGCUCAGCAGAGGAUAAUAACCAAUUUGAUUAUGGAAUCUACUCAAAUGCUUUGUCUUCUGGCAUUGUUUCAUCUAAGAAGUUCGUUUCCAAGUACUGUUUCUGUUUAUGGUGGGGGCUUCAGAAUUUGAGUACACUCGGCCAGGGGCUUGAAACCAGCACCUAUCCUGGAGAGGUUAUAUUCUCCAUAGCACUAGCCAUUUUUGGACUCAUUCUCUUUGCUCUUCUGAUUGGCAACAUGCAGACCUAUCUUCAGUCACUUACUAUUCGGUUAGAAGAAAUGAGAGUCAAAAGGCGCGACUCAGAACAGUGGAUGCACCAUCGCCUACUUCCUCAAGACCUUAGGGAACGGGUAAGACGCUAUGACCAGUACAAAUGGUUGGAAACACGUGGGGUGGAUGAAGAGAAUUUGGUACAGAGCCUUCCAAAGGAUCUUAGGAGAGAUAUCAAACGACAUCUUUGUUUGGCUUUGGUGAGGAGGGUUCCUUUAUUUGAGAACAUGGAUGAGAGGUUGCUUGAUGCCAUUUGUGAGCGGCUGAAACCAUGUCUAUUUACAGAGAGCACAUACAUAGUUCGAGAAGGAGAUCCAGUUGAUGAAAUGCUUUUUAUCAUACGUGGUCGCCUGGAGAGUGUGACUACAGAUGGUGGGAGAAGUGGUUUCUUCAACCGCAGUUUACUCAAGGAAGGAGAUUUUUGUGGAGAGGAGCUUUUGACCUGGGCACUGGAUCCCAAAUCCGGUGCCAACCUUCCCUCUUCUACUCGGACAGUGAAGGCAUUAAGAGAGGUUGAGGCCUUUGCACUCAUAGCUGAAGAGUUGAAAUUUGUAGCCAGUCAGUUCAGGCGCCUUCAUAGCAGACAAGUUCAGCACACCUUCCGAUUUUACUCGCAGCAGUGGAGGACUUGGGCUGCGUGCUUUAUUCAAGCUGCAUGGCGACGUUAUUCCAAGAGGAAGAGUCUGGAGCUUCGUCGGAAGGAAGAAGAGGAUGAAGCAGAGGCAGAUGGUAACCGUAGCAAUAUGAGUGGAGGAGGUUCAUAUAGUAUUGGGGCUACCUUUUUGGCAACCAGGUUUGCGGCAAAUGCUCUCCGUGGUGUUCAUCGGAAUCGGAACGCCAAGACUGCCAGGGAAUUAGUGAAACUACAGAAACCCCCAGAACCUGAUUUUACUGCAGAUGAUGCUGAUUGAUUUGUCACGGAUGACCACUCAUUUUAAAUCCUGUCAACUGACUGUUAUUCUGAUAUUAACUUUGCUCACAAGGGCUAGAACAAUGUAUGCUCUUUCUAGGCGGUUGAGCUAGCGUCUCCCGCGUUGUCCUCAUAGCAGUGAUCAAGUUAAAUCAACUAGUCCUUCAGCGUCCUCUCAAUUUAUAUAUAAAAUAUACUUUUAAUCGUGAAA